AUGCCUCAACCACAGAAAGGAAAAUCGAGACCUCGUGGGUCGGAUGAGGAAUUCGUUUUAUUCCUCCAAGGUAUUCCAGCCCAUUGUCGCUGGCAAGAACUGAAGGAUCUAGUACGCCAAACGGCUUUGCACAUCCGACAAGCGGUAGUAUACGAUGAUCACCACGGGUUUCCCACCGGACUGGGCCAGAUCAUCGUGAAAAACGAAGAUGAAGCGUGGCGGACUUACCAUAGACUAUCCACCAACGGCUGGGAAGGACAGAGCUUAGUCGUUACGCUAGCUCGGACUAACUCACCCACUCGACCCAUUGCAGGGCCAACGAAGAGCCCACACUGUGUGAUCCCGCCGGACUACGUUGCAGGGUAUUCGACACCCCCAAGAGUCUCACAGAACAUGGCUGUGCCUCCAUCUCCCAUAUCUCCAGAACCCAUGAUAGCCGGGACUAGCCCAACAUACCCACCUCCGGAGUACGGACAUGCCCCGGUCAUGUCCUUCAUGCCCAUCUACCCAGAUCCGCUCUCGCAACACAUGCCGGGGAUUCCCCCCUCACCCUCCUUCUGCGAUCCCCUCGCCUUCACCGUCUACCCACCAUACCCCGUCUCCCCCAUGCCUGCCUUCCAGGACCUCUCCCACCACCGAACCCCCCAUAAACCGCCGUACAGCUACACGUACAACUUCACGCCCGCCGCAAUCCCCUUCUACGCCCCGCACCCGCAGAGCAACGGCAACCUCCGGACCUCCCCGCGGCGAACAAUCUUCAUCCAAAACCUCAGCGCAACAACCACCCAAUCCGACCUCCACUCGCAUCUCCAAGACGCCGGCACCAUCGAAUCCUGCGAAGUACCCCUGGACCCCACCACAGCCCGCUGCAAGGGCUUCGCCCGCAUCACCUUCCGCACCGCCGACGAAGCCAAGCGCGCCGUCGCCCGCUACAACAACUCCAUCUUCCUCAACGCCAAGAUCAGAGUCAAGAUCGACCGCGCCGUGCCCUUCGCUGCAUCGUACGCCCUGACCCCCCCAUCCACAGUCCCUGUCACCAUCGUCGCUGCACCUCCCACUACUACUACUACCACCACCACCACCACCACCACCACCUACGCUCCAGAGCACACCCCCACAACCGAUGAAUCAACCAAGCCAGAGCCCACCGCUGAAGAACCAUCUCAGACGAAAUCUCAGCCGGGGCCAUUAGUCGUGAAUGGGUCCGGGAUUGGUCGCAAGGAGAUCACUACUUGA